AGGAAAAUUGGAAUUCAAAGACAGGAAAGUGAAAUCACUGACUUCAUCGUAUUGAAGGACAAUGAGUCGUGGCGUCACUGAAGCGGUAAUGUUGACAACUUACUACUCACCUGAAGCGACGUGUGCGUGAGAACGUGGAUCUGUGACGCCGGUAUUGUUGUGGAUGAAGGUUAAGGAGCUUGGAUUCAGUUUUGUGAACAUCGUCCUUGCGUGGAUGAUCCCAUGACUACAGAGUAAAAGCACCGUUCGUCAUCAUCAUCAUCGUCGUCGCUUUCACUGCCUUUCUCACUCUCUCAGUCUUAGGGUGAAAAUGACGAAGAAGCAGUAGUAAGAGAGUUCGCAAACGUGUUAUUGUUUAUUUUCGACACAAACACAACACAGUAUACAUGCAACAUCCAUACUGUCAUAUGUUCUAGCAUACAAAAAAAAAAAAGAAGAAGAAAAGUGUUGAAUAGGCGAACUAAUUCAACAAUAAAAUUGAAAAAAAAGCAAAAAAACAGUGGAAUUAUUUGUGACUAGACGUAGGUUGUUAAUGUGAGUCCUUUCCUACAGCAGUCACGAUAUCGAUGUUAUUGAAAUUGGUAAGACUUGUGUAAACUUUUGAAUGAACUAAGAUAAGAUAAGAUAAGAUACGAUAAGAUAAGAUAAUACUUUAUUACAAUUACUGGUAUGGCGCCUGAACAACCUAUUUUCUUCAAUUCUGCAUCAUGAUAAAACACCCUGAGUAUAACACGAGGACCAGCUACAUGACAGUAUGAGUGAUUCGAGGAACUUUCUACUCUAGUCAUGAAAAGGUCUUUCACUGGUCUCUUCGUUUGAAGUCCAGAGGAUUAUUUCGAGAGAGAGAAAAGAGAACAGUUUCGGGAAAACAGAAGGAAAAAAAAAGAAGAUGCCAAGGAAGAGAAAAGAGGACCUGGAGCGAGAUAUGGCAGACGGGAAACUCCACAAACCUCAACAGAGGCACGCGGCAAACGCCAGGGAGAGAUCCAGGAUGAGAGUACUCAGCAAAGCCUUUUCCAGAUUGAAGACAACGUUACCCUGGGUCCCCCCCGACACGAAGCUGUCCAAGCUGGACACUCUGAGACUGGCGUCCAGCUACAUCGCUCACCUCAAACAAAUUCUGGAACACGAGGAAAACGUGCACAGUGCCGGAUACAUACACCCACUAAAUCUGACCUGGCCCUUCACGUUCAACGGCCGGACGUUUGGCAGUUCCCACAACUCUCCCUCCGCGCUCACCAGCAGCCACGACAACAUCAACGCAAACGGUGACAGCAACUGCAGUAGUAGCAGCAGCAGCAGCAGCAACAACAAAGGAAGCAGCUGCCUUGUUGACAGAUCGUCCUCCGAAGACAGAAGACAUACAAAUAUGGCUGCUCAUCUGUUUCCAUCAAAUUGACGCUUGCAAGGGCAAAGACUCUUCGGUAUUCACAAGGUUCCCGGUAGCCUACGUCGUAAUUCGUCUUUUUCGGACGAAUAUAAAAGGAUUGGCCCAUAUUGCCAAUGUGAUAUCGCUACUGACUGACGGCAGUUCAAUACAUGCAGUUUGGAUUCCUCAACAAGCAGCCGGCCAUUGAGUCAUUGUGGGGUUGUUACGGCUCUCCUUGGUACUUUUUCCAAGUCAAACGAGAAAGUAAAGUCGACUCCUGUGUGUUGAGACAGCAGUUCAUCCAAUUAAUACCCUUCUGGUAUGUAAUUACGAUAGAGCUCCUGAACUCUAAUGCAAGUGCAACCGCUCCGUCAUUGCUGAUUACAAUCUAUGGGGAUGAAACCGAGCUGGCUAGUAAAUCCCCCCCCCCCCCCUUUACACACACACCCAAACUGUAUUGAAUUCAUAAUAACUUCAUAUCAUACCAAAGGAAGUCGUUUCCAAAAAUCAUCAAGACAUUUUUUUGGGAGAAUUUUGGAUCACGAAAAAGGAAAUGCUCAGGAUAGAACGGUCUCAUACGCCCUGGAAGCAGUGUAUUUCAUUUGAUUGUUCCAUUCUUUUUAAAAUCAAAAUUGGUUUAUGUCUUUAUCUUCAAAAGCCUUUCAAUCUGUGCGAUGUGCUUUCAUUAUAUUCUUUAAAGAUCCACCAGUGUCUCAGUGAAUGAAACUGUUGUAUCAUUCUUGCAGUUUUGAUUUCUAAGUGACAAACAAGUUUAUGAAUGACAAUGCCUUGAUUAAAAAAAAAUAUAUUGACAACGACCCUUACGCAGUGCCUAUCUCGUAACAAUGCAUUAUUGUGUUUGAUUAUUAUUGACUGGUACGCUCUUCGACGACUCAUGCGAUGUGUGAAAAGACAUAGACUUUCGCCAUUGCUUGCAGAAGACCUGACUUUGAUUUUCGCUGAUGGAAGUAAUUUUAUCGAGUAUUUCUGCCUGCCUGUCUGCUGCGAUGAUGUGCGCCUUCCACCCACCCCCUGUUGGCCCCACAUAACAGGUUCAGAGGAACAAACGACCCGAACUUAUUUUUAUCUGUGUCAAUGGGGAUAUAAAACAUUUUGCAACCAUUCAUAAUCAUUUUUACUUUGUGAAAUAUGGAUGUCUAAUUAUUCGCAACUUUCAUGUUCUUAAUCCAUUUUGAAACGGAAUAUUUAUUUACAAAUAUUGUGUUUAUAAACUACGGCUUUUUAAAAACAACGAAGGUCUAAAGAAUGUUUUACACUUUAUAAUAUAAAUGACCACAUAUAUUACUUCAUCUCAAUAAAAAGCGAAAUCAUACUAUUGUGUAACAAAUGUUGGCGACCAGUUUGAAAGGACACAUACUCUUAUAAGAUUUUGGCUCUGGUAUUGGAGCUUAGAGAGUAAUUCAAAUGAAUGAAGAUUUGAAAGUGACAUUUUUAUACACAUGUGUUUAUAGUGCUCUUCAAUACAGGGCCACUUUCGGUGUUCUUUGUCAUAAUUUCUUUCAUAGUUGCGUUUUACAAAUAGGACUGUCAUUUAAAGGGGUGCUUAUUAGUUGGCUAUUUAAUGCAAAUAUGUUUUCACUUUAGUUCUGGUUCGCUAUGCAUGUGCAAAGAUAUUGUGUGCUGCACACUGAACAAUACCUUCCUCAUAAAUAAUAAAAGUAUUUUAUUUCACUGCCAAAAGAAUUAAUGACAUCAUUAAACUUUUAUCCUAUUUACAACGAUUUUUAUGAUAUCUGUUGUUCAACUUAUGAAAUUUUAAGUCCGGACAAUACAUUGUGACAAAGCAAUUUCAAGAAUUCACGUCUACAUGACGUCG